CUUGACUCGCGACGUUCCUUGAUGGCCACCUUGAUUCUGGACAGCGACGAGGAAGACGUGGUGAUCAUUGCUGAGCGGUUUCUUCCGCCAGCGAAAGCGUCGAAGGCUAAGAGGAAACGGCGGAAGGAGAAAAGGAAAGAACGCAAGCGGCUGAAGAAGAAAGAGCACUCAGAGCGGCAGACUCAGGCGUCCCAGACGCGCGCAACUGCUCGCAGCACGCCCAAGGCUGCUUCGCAAGAAGUGCACAUCGUGCCAGCUGUCGCGUCGCGCAAAAAGCGCCCUGCCGCGGUGGACUGCUGCUACCGCGUGCGCAGCGCGGGCGACUACCCGGCCACCCUUUGCGCCGAGUGCCGUCGACCGCUGGAUUCCCUGGGCCCCGAUGUGGCGGUGGUCGAGGUGGAACGUCCCUGGCUCCAGGAGGCCUGUCUGGUCCACGCGCAGAUGCCGUGCCUCACUGCCGCGGGGCUCUUGCGCGCACCGAUGCAGCCGCCGCGGCCGGAGGCCACCUCCAGUGCCAGCCACGGCGUGUUACGCUCCCUCCCCGCGCCCCCCCGGCGCGUUGCCCCACGGCUCCGCUGCGCCGUGGCGGACCCGGACGCCCGAUCGCUGGCGCAAGCGCGGCAGAUGGCGACGGCCGCCGCGCUGCGCCUGGUGCGGCGCGCCGCCAGCGAUGCGGCUGACGCAGCCAGCGGCCGGCGCCCGGCGCGGCGAACCACGGCACCGGGGUCGCAGCUGUUGGAGGCUGUGCUGGAGGUGCUGCCGCCAGCGAGACAUGCACAUCGAGAGGAAGUGCCGAAAGGUGAGCAUUGUGCAAUUUGCCACGGCAAGCUCUUCAAAAGAACUCGCAAGAUUCGGUCCUUGCCCUGCGGACAUACCUUUCACGACGCCUGCAUCCUGCCGUGGCUGUCGAAACGUGCGACCUGCCCGUUGGAUCGCAGCGACUUCACCGAUUUGCUGAAGCAAAACCAAGGGAUUGCAGGGCGGCCUUCAGGGUCCAUGAAGAUCCCCCAGCUCGAUGGAGGUUUACUGAAGGGUAACCAACAAUAUAAGCGGGAUAAGCAAGAAUCGACAAGAAAUCGUUGGGAUAGAACAUCAGACUGUCAGACGUUGGGAUAG